GGGAAUUUUGGAGAUUGCAUAAAUCUUUGUAGAAAACUUGGCUGAGAGCAGCUGACCUGAAAUUAACUGCUGUCUUCUGGCUGUGGACGCUAUUCUAACGUUCCUGUGUGAUAGCCUGCAGACUAAAUCAUGCCAGCGUUAUCAGCUGGAUCUGGAAGUGACACAGGUCUGUAUGAGCUGCUGGCUGCAUUGCCAGCCCAGCUGCAGCCACAUGUGGACAACCAGGAAGACCUGACCUUCCUCGGGGAUAUGUUUGGUGAAAAAAGCCUUCAUUCACUGAUUCACGAGAAACUGCAUUAUUAUGAAAAACAGAGCCCUGUACCCAUACUCCAUGAUGCAGCAGCCUUGGCAGAUGAUCUGGCUGAGGAGCUGCAAAGCAAGCCAUUGAACCCUGAGAUCGGAGAGUUGUUGAAGCUCCUCUCAAAACCAAAUAUCAAGGCUUUGCUCUCUGUACAUGAUACUGUUGCUCAGAAGAGCUAUGAUCCAGUAUUGCCUCCCAUCCCAGAUGAUAUUGAUGAGGAGGAAGACUCAGUAAAAAUAAUCAGACUUGUCAAAAACAGGGAACCACUGGGAGCGACUAUUAAAAGGGAUGAACAUACUGGCACAAUUGUGGUGGCUAGAAUAAUGCGAGGAGGAGCUGCAGACAGAAGUGGUCUUAUUCACAUUGGUGAUGAACUUAGGGAAGUCAAUGGGAUUCCUGUAGAUGAUAAAAAACCUGAAGAAAUAAUACGAAUUUUGACUCAGUCUCAAGGAGCAAUUACGUUUAAAAUUGUACCUAGUAUCAAGGAAGAAACACCUACAAUAGAAGGCAAGAUGUUUAUCAAAGCCCUAUUUGACUAUGAUCCUAAUGAGGAUAAAGCAAUUCCUUGUAAAGAAGCUGGGCUUUCUUUCAGAAAAGGAGAUAUCCUUCAAAUCAUGAGCCAAGAUGAUGCAACCUGGUGGCAGGCCAGACAUGAAGGUGAUUCCAAUCCCAGAGCAGGUUUGAUCCCUUCAAAACAUUUCCAGGAGAGGAGAUUUGCAUUGAAAAGACCAGAAGUACAUAUACAGCCGCUGAAAAUUUCCAACAGAAAAUCAUAUGAGGAAACGGUUGAGUGUGAGGAAAUUGAAGAAGAUGCUGAAUGUGCUGGUCACAACAGUGGAACCUAUAUAGCUGGUUUUAGGAGAAGCUUUCGUCUUAGCAGAAAAGAUAGAAAGACAAAUAAAUCAAUGUACGAAUGCAAGAAGAGUGAUCAGUAUGAUACAGCAGAUGUCCCAACAUAUGAAGAAGUUGCACCAUAUCAACGACAGCUUAAUGAAAAAUACAGGCUUGUAGUUUUAGUUGGUCCUGUGGGUGUAGGGUUGAAUGAACUUAAACGAAAAUUGUUGAUCAGUGAUACCCAGCAUUAUGGUGUAACAGUGCCACACACGACUAGAGCAAGAAGAAGCCAGGAAAGUGAUGGUGUUGAGUACAUUUUCAUUUCCAAGCAUUUGUUUGAGACAGAUGUACAGAAUAACAAGUUUAUUGAAUAUGGUGAAUAUAAAAACAACUAUUAUGGUACAAGCAUAGACUCUGUUCGAUCUGUUCUAUCUAAAAACAAAGUUUGUUUGUUGGAUGUACAGCCUCAUACCAUAAAGCAUUUAAGAACAUUAGAAUUUAAACCAUUUGUGAUAUUUAUAAAACCUCCAUCACUUGAGCGUUUAAGAGAGACCAGGAAAAAUGCCAAGAUUAUUUCAAGCAAAGAUGAAAAAGGGGCUGCAAAACCCUUUACAGAAGAAGAUUUUCAAGAAAUGAUUAAAUCUGCACAGAUGAUGGAAAGCCAGUACGGUCAUCUCUUUGACAAAGUUAUAGUCAACGAUGACCUUACCACAGCUUACAAUGAGCUGAAAACAACCUUUGACAGAUUGGAAACAGAGACCUUUUGGGUUCCAGUCAGCUGGUUGCAUUCAUAGUACCAUAAAUAAGGAAUAUAAAUUAUGAUAGUUUGUGAUCUCUUUAAUAAAGUGCAUGGUUGGAACACAAUUAAUUGCCAUUUAAUUGGUUUUCUAAUGUUGGCAAACUGACAUGUAGUUAAGGACUUGGUAUAAUUGGAAUGCAAGUGUCUUCUUUUUCCAUAUCUUAAACCAUCCUGUUCAGAAUUUGGAGGCAGUAAGAUCACAUCAAAUCAGAUACUAUAUACUGAGUUAGUCGUGAGCCCAAAACUACUAAACACCUUAUUGUUUACAUGUAAAUCUCCAAGUUGACUUUUGUUUGUGGAGGGGUAGCACAGAUAUUAUUUAAUUCUGGAUGCUAUGGUGGUCUCAAACAUUGCUACUGCCAUAUAAACUUGCACAUGAGCAUUUGGAGGUUUUCAGUACUUUAACUAAGGGACUUUGAAGAGAAUUGAAACAGGCAAAAGUGGCAAAUAUUUCUUUGUGUAGGACAGACAUCAGAGUUUUAAAUGGGAUAAGUAUCAAGAGGGGUCUUUUUACUUUCCUAAAAGUGUGAGCUUUAUCUUAUGUGUACAGAAUGAUCCUAGUGUUCAUUUGUAUUUAAAUGUUUUACCAAAAGAGAGAUGUAUUCAGUGGCUUACUUGUAAAAUGUACUGUAAAAGAGCUAGUCUUCUGCAGCUACUGCUCUUCUGUGAAAUAUGCAGAUCUUGAAACUCUUAGCAUGCAUGCUUUGUGACACAUCAACUUGGGAAUAUCUAUCUCAAAAGGGGAAAAUAUAGGUUAUUUAUGUAAUCUUUCUUUGUGGGUUAAUCAUUUAUACAAUCAGAGGUAUAGGUAUAAAUAGUUGUUUCUGAUUUGUUUCUGAUUAAGGGUUUAUGGGGAGAGGGUUGUUUGUUUUAACUUUAAAUCAACUUCAGACAUUUUUAGUGUCCUUUAAAAUACUUUUAACUUAUUAGAGGUUUGAAGAUAAUUAUUAUGGGUAACCUUUGAGAUUUGAGAAAGCAGCUGCAAUGCAUGAAUUGCUUUUAUUAACAAAUACAUAGCAAUGUUUGUUCCGAAACGUAUGUAACAUGUCAAAAUGCACUGUUUUAGAUUUGAAAGCUUUUUAUUGAAUUUAAAUUUGUAAACUUCACUACAGGUUGAACCUCUCUUGUGCAGGGCUCCCUGGUCUGGCAACAUCUGUGGUCUGGCAGAACCACAGAAGUUGCUAGACUAGAGAGCCCCAGCCACAGAAGUUGAGAGUGCCUGAGAGUGGAACUGGUUUGGUUGGUGGCAGCCUGCAGGGACAGUGACCUGGGAAUAAAGAGCCUCAGGAGCAGCUGCCACCGCAGUGCAUGGGGCUAGGAAACCCCUGGGAGCAGCAACUGGCCGUCGCAUGCAGGGACAUGGAACCGUGGGAGCAGCUGCCUCUUCUGCUCAGGGCCGUGGCCAGGGAGCAGAGCCCUGUAAGUGGACUGGGGGCAGCAGACCACGCGGGUGGGCUGGAGGAGGUUAGGUCUCUGGGUUCUCCUGUGGCAGCUGCCAUGAGGGGAGCCCAGGGAGAGCCUGGACAUCUGAUCUCCCCUGCUCCCGCAAAUUCCCUUGUUUGGGAUCACUCCAGUCCCGAAGGUGCUGGACAAGGGAGGUUCAACCUGCACAAAGAAAAUUAUUCACCUUUAACACUGCUCAGAUAUAUUUGAAACCUCAGCUUUCUAUGUAAUGGAGUAAGCAAAUAUAUUAUAAAUCAUAUAUAUAAACCUUGUAUUUUUCUUGAUUUACUACGAUAUGGAGCAAGAGAGUACACAUAUAAUGAAAGAAUAAAGCAUGUGUCCUAAUGGUACACGUGAAUUUCUAGUACAGGUACAGUGUUUAGAUGGACUUGCUAACUUAAAUCAUCAUGUAUGUAGCAUUCAGACAGGAAGCAGAGUUAUUUUACCUUAACAUAUAAAGAAAAAACAAUUUAGUGAAACAUAUUUAUGAAAGAGUUGAAAAAGGAUAUUAAGUUCUUGAAUUUCUCAUUGAUGUGAUCAUUUCUAAAUAAUAGAGUACUUGGUAUCUGCAAUUAGAAACACGAUCUUUGUAAAUUAAAUCAACAUUCCAUGUAAAUAUUUUAGUUUCUAUGCUGAUUUAAGCCAUCAGCUCUUGGCAGCUGUAUCCUAAAUGCAUAUUUUGCAUUGCGGUCAUUGUGUUUGGUUUAAAAUUAGGCAAAACAAUUGAAAUGCGGAACAAGAUAAAAAUAGUUUUUGAAUGUUUGUAUUGGAAUUAUUGAUCUAUACUGUAUUGACACACAUACUAUAGUUGAAUAGUCUAAUGUAAUUUCAAAUAUAUCUGCCAGAUUUCAUUGUGUUUUCUCUUGGACUUGCAGUUGUUUGUAAUGUACAUAACAUCUCAGUGAUUAGAUUAAUUGCAUAAAGAUCACAAUUCUAGUAUGGGCCAGAGAAAUGUUCUCUAUUUUUAAUUAGUCAAAAUGUAAUUAUUUUUACAGAGGAAUGUUUUUUAGCACAUCACUGGAGGCCAGCAAUUGGAGGAUAUGUGGAAUGUCCUCAUUUGUGGGAAGUUGUUUUGUUGUUGUUUCCAGACAGCAAUAGCUGAGGGUGCCCUGCAGCUCUCAGGGUCUGGUCCUUUUACAUCAAAGGACGAUCGGUAUGAAACAAUAUGCUAACACUGCUAGUAAACUAUAGCAUCUCAGAUCACUAUUGUACUAUAUCUUUUAAAUAAGGAAACUGUUUUGCCCUUUGGGAAACAGAUGCUGUAAAUGGUCUGAAACAAAGGGGUCUUGGCUGCCCUUCAGGCUUGUUGCUGGAGCUGUGGUGUCCUUUUGAAAUAAUUUUAAGACUUAAUACCAUGUUGGUGGGGGUCAAGAAGGGCCUCAUCCAAUAUGCUUACUUUGUGAGGUGAUAGAGUGAAAGCCCCACAAUGCUUUGAUCCUUUUACAGUAAGACUUACUUUCUGAUCCUCUGUGAGGCAAUGACAAUACUUUAAUACUCGAGGCUUACAUACCGAUUUCCUACCAAGAGAUUAAUUUCUUAAUUGUACUGCUGAUGAGAGAACAAGGACAAAUGAAAGCAUGUAUGCACACAGCAAAUGAAAGGAAUCAAAUUUGGGGAAAUCUUUAAACUCCUAGAAAUAAAGUUUCAUUGGAAAGGAGAAUGGGACAGUCCAUUUCAAUAAAUAUCUCUAAAAACUAGCUUUACUACAGUGUGUUCUCAUCAAGAAAAGUAGAAGCCAGUGGUCUCUGUGAGGCUGCCAUAUAUGGUACUUGGUCAAGACAGAAAAUGUUUUGGCUUGAUAGUUUUAUUAACUGGACAAGAACAUGGCCAUUUUACCGACUUGCAAACACACUUGUUGAUACUUCCUCCAUUGUGAUAAUAGUAAUGUAUUGUGUGUUUCUGACUUGUAAGCUCUUAUGGUUAAAUGUGACAAAAUGUAUCUUAAAUAUUAUGAAAUUUCAAAUUAUGCAGUUUGGUUUUUAAAUGAUUGAAUGUUUUUCUGUCCAAGUACAAAUAUUUCAUUGUAUUUUUGCUGUUUUGCCAUAGUAAAACAAAUGUUAACAUUUUAUACUAUUGUAUCCAGCUCUGUACUUGAAAUUGCUAUCCAUUCACUGAUGUCAUGCCCGAAAUCUCAUUUUACCUUUUUAUGCAAACAAUAAAUUAUUGAUAUAAUUGAUCA